CAAAUUUGCUGGAAGAUUAGAAUUCUCAAAGACAUGGCUGCGAGAGCUCCGUCAGCUGUAGUAGGCCAAGUGCUCUCACUCCGCCACCCCGUCCGCAAUGCCCACCGUGCCUCCUCCCCCGCGCCGCCACGUGGGGCCGCAUUUCCCGGGCGGAGGGACCUGGUGCUUCUCUCGCUGACGUGGACGGCCUCGGCUGCUGUGGCGGCGGCCCCGGCAAAAGCGGAGGACAUCGGGCUGUUCGGGAUACGAAAGAAGCUGAAGGAGGCGGAGAGAGAAACAGAAGUGAUAGUGAAGGAAGGGUUCGAGGCGGCGGAGAAGGGCAUAGAAACGGCGGAGAAGGGGUUAGAAACGGCUGAGAAGGGCGUAGAAGCGGCGGAGAAGGGGAUCGAAACGGUGGCGGGAUUUGGCGGGUUGGCGCAGGCGGGUCUGGUGGCGGGAGCCGAGGUUUUGGGGGUCGUGGUUGCCAGCUCCGUCGUCAAUGCUAUUUUGCGACCGGAAAAUUGAUUACCGGCGGUGGAAAUCUCGGUUUAAUUUGAGCUCUGUAAGACUUUGUAAUGGUUUAAGUAAGAGUAUAGUAGUGAUUAUUUGGGUUCUUAAUUAGCUAGUUAAAUCUGCUUUUGUAAACUUUCCCAGUUGUUUUAUAUCGUGAAUUCGUGAUCGAGCUUUUAAUUUA